AGUCACCUCUCUCAAUAACUCAUUUUAUCAAAUAUAUAAAGUUGCUAAGCAACUAUCGGAUAUGAGUGAUAAUUGUUCUCUUCUCAAAAAAUUAAAGAUACCAAAAUAAUAAUUGAAAAAAUGUUAAAACAAUAUGAAUUAUAUUUACAGUUUUAUUAUAAUAUAAUCUUAAUAUGUCUCAACUAAAUAGAAUAAAGUUCAAUACGGGAUUAUUAUACUGUUGGCUACAUGAUGUGUCAUGUCAAACUUGUUAGUAUCUAAGUGUUAAAUACUUGUAUAUUUUUAUUGAUUUAAUUAUUUGAUUUUGCAAUCAGAAAGAAAGCAAUUGCCCAAAUGAUGCAUAUGUGGUUUUGGUCCGGUAUUAAUCUUGGAACCUUUUUGUUUCCUGGGUAUACAAUUAGCACUCUAUGUGGUCUUAUUGGGGCUUGUUUAAGCAUUAUUGCAAUAGCAAUUAUUUAUGAAGCUAUGAAAACAUUACAAAUCAAACUGCACCAGAUGACUAAAGCCUCUUUAUCAUCAGACAGCUUUCCAACUACAGAAAAUUCAUCAUUGUUGACUUAUAUUAUACCAAAACUGCCACGUUUCUCUAACAAUUCUCGUUGUCUGGGUUUAAUCCAAUGGUCUUUAGAGGUACUACACUAUGCUGCUCAUACUACUCUGGGAUAUUUUCUUAUGCUAGCUGUUAUGAGUUAUAAUAUUUACAUAUUCUUAGCUUUAAUCAUUGGAAGUACAAUUGGUUAUUGGACUUUUGCUCCAACUUUGCUCAAUUUCAACAUGAAUGAAUUACACCAAAGAUAUAAGACUAUCCCAUCUUGCAAUACAGAAUGUGCAGAUACACUUGUAACGGAAAGAAGACAAUCAACAGUUUCAACAGUAACAGAGCAAUUGGUAUCAGAAGUGAAUGCAGAAGUCAAUACAGAUCGAUCAAAUGGUUCUUAAAAAUUGAAUUCAUAAAUUUUUAUGAAACUCUAAGUCUGAUGUUAUACCUGUUGUUAUAAUUCUCUAGAUAUACAUUUAUAUCUAUAUG